AAGGUGAGAGUUUAUAAAGGAGUUCAAUUUGGUGUUUUGCCACCCACCCACCCACCCACCCACCCACCAAAUCUCGGACUGGAAGAGAAUUCAUGGAUUCCUUCCAAGCUUCUCCCAUGGAACAUCAUCAAUCUCCUGACGCUGAACAAGUUUCUGACGAUUUUGUUUGUUGCGUUUGUUUGGAUCUUCUCUACAAACCCAUCGUUCUGCAUUGUGGUCAUAUAUCGUGUUUCUGGUGUGUUCAUAGAUCAAUGAGUUCUCGGUACGAGUCUCAUUGUCCAGUUUGUAGAAAUCCAUAUUCUCACUUUCCAAGCAUCUGCGAAAUGCUUCACUUCUUGCUGUUAAAAUUAUAUCCCAUUACAUAUAAGAAAAGAGAAGUGCAGGUUCUCGAUGAGGAAAAGAAACUGGACUACUUCUCACCGGAAUUCAAUCGUCAUGCUUGUGAAUCAGAGGCUGAUGGAGAAAUUAAUCACCUCAGAAGCUCGUUGCAGUCUUCCGCACUUUCAGACUAUUCUUCUGCCGGCAAAGAGAAACAUAGUGUACUGAUUGGACAAAAGCAGUCUUGUGUUUCCAGGGAGGAAAAUGAUCAGGUUUCAGUUGCAGAUCUGCUUUGUACUGCUUGCAAGCAAUUGCUUUUUUGUCCUAUUGUUCUUAACUGUGGCCAUGUUUAUUGUCAAACUUGCAUAGCCAUCCCUCCUGAUGAGAUGCUUAGGUGUCAAGUUUGUCAAUGUUUGCAUCCAAAGGGAUCUUUAAAAGUCUGCUUGACACUUGAUCAGUUUUUGGCGGCUAAUUUUCCCAAAGAAUAUGCACUGAGAAAAGACGCUGUUCAGCUCAAACAAGUUUCUUCCAAGCAUGAGAAACCAACUACUUGUUCGACGGAAGCUGGUAAACAAGAUUCCUCACCUGUCCAGUUGCCCUCCGGAGGGGAGCCUCACCCCCAUACACAUAUAGGAGUUGGUUGUGAUGCUUGUGGGAUGUCUCCAAUAAUCGGGGAUAGAUACCAAUGCAAGGAUUGCACAGAGAAAAUAGGAUUUGACCUUUGUGGAGAUUGCUUUAAAACUCGACCGAAGCUUCCAGGCAGGUUCAACCAGAGACACACCCCAGAGCAUAAGCUUGAGCUUAUAAAGCCUGCUGACAUUGUCCGAAGGUAUGGGCGGCUGAAUCGUGGUUCUUCUUCUUUUUUUGCCUUUGACGAAGCUUCGGAAAAUCUGGAAAAUGGACUGGUACCUUAUGCUUUAUCGAGUGCUUUUCAAGAGUACAUUCGCAAUAAUAAUCUAGCUGCAUCGCUUUUAGAGAUUGAUAGCAUGGAGGAUGAAGAUGAGGAGUCGGAUGAAGAUCUUGGUGCUGUAUCCGUCGAAUGAUAUCCGUAUAGUAAUUUUCUAGUGGGUAGGGACCGGUGAAUUACGUGUAAGUUCGUGUUUCCUUAAUUAGUUCUGUAAAGUACCAUUCGGAUCCCAUAUUUAAGCUGCAAUCUGGUUCCUUGCAUUUCUUUAAAAAAAAAAAAACCCCCCAUUUUGGUGGCUCCAGCAUAUGCAUUAAUUUGUGGUUUUGUGAAGCAACAGUAUGUGAGCGGCCAUAGUCGGUGGCAAUUGCACAUCAUUUGAGGCAUUGCUUAAUAAGUAGAGAGUUGUUUGUCUAUUCCGGGUGGACAUUGUUAAUAUUCACUAUGCAUGUAUAAACGAUGUGAUUGCCAUCUUUCAUCAAUUUCAGCCUCAAAAUUUAAUA